UCAAAAAGCAAAUGUCAAAGUACGGUUUCGUCGCAGUUGAAAGAGAGGUUAGCAAAGCUCUUAAAUGUCCAAAGACACCAAGUGUCCAAAUCUGUCAUCCCUUUCCCAUCUGGUAAGGUUGCUGAGUUUUUCUUGAAUUACGCCAAGAAGGAACUUCCUAUUGCUACCUUGAACCACUCUCUACGUGUUUUCCAAUACUGUGCUGCUAUUAUCAAGGAUCAGUUCCCACAGUGGGAAAUUGACCACGAAGUUUUAUUGGUCACAGCCCUUCUUCACGAUAUCGCAACUACUGACAAAAACAUUGCUGGCACCAAGCUAUCUUUUGAGUUUUACGGUGGAUGGAUUGCAAGAGAACUAAUUUUGAAAGAGACUGCAGGUGACACCGACUAUGCCGAUGCAGUCUCCGAAGCUAUCAUUCGUCACCAGGAGUUGAGCACCAGUGGUUCCAUCAGUGCUUUGGGGCUAAUCUUACAAAUUGCCACUACUCUUGACAAUGUGGGAGCCAACACCAAUUUAACUCACCAAGAAACUAUCUAUGCUAUCAACGCAGCCAUUCCAAGAGAGAACUGGGCCUCUUGUUUCUCUAAUGUUCUUUUCAAGGAAGUUGCUGAAAAACCUUGGAGUCACUCUACUACACUAGAUGUUCCUGAAUUCAACAAGACUGUUUUGGGUAACACUGCAAAGUACGAAAAUAAUGAUGCGAAGCGAAGCCCUCUGCGUAUUAUUAUAUAUUACAUAUAUAAACAUAAUAUACAAGGAAAAACUACUUUUGAUUCUCUAUUAGGUGUAACUUGGACAGACCAAAUUCACUUAACACGCACUUUUCACCCAUCUACAUUUUCCAUAAGGCUAUUCAUAGCCUAUGGGCUGUUCAUAGUUUUCUUUUAG